AUGUACCCUCACAAUGCAGUCCUACUGAGAUGCAUGUCUUAUGAGAAAGGAUGCAGGCCGUUUGUUUGUGAUACAGACCAGACCCGCUCAAACUGUCUUGAGAGAUUUAUAUUUGCAUAUGAACUGCCAUCCAAUGUGAAAGUUUCAUCUUUAGCUGUGCCUCCUCUUGAUAGCAUUUUUCAUAUUGUGCCAUCUAAUGCAAACAACAGCCCCAGCUGCCCUCUGUGUAGAGGUGAUGUUAUUGGGUGGAUUGUUAUUGGUGAGGUUCAGCUGCAUCUUAAUCAGAAGAAAAGGUGCUGUGAAGAGGAGUGCUGCAUGUUUGUUGGUAACUUCAAUGAGCUUCAGAAGCACACGCAACAAAAGCAUCCAGAUUCACGCCCUUCAGAGAUUGAUCCUGGCAUCCUGCUAGGCAAGUUGAUUGGGAGAAUUUCCAGCAACCUACUGAUAUUGUAG